AGACGGAGCACAAGUACUCUUACGUAGCUGUCCUGUAACAGUGAGAGGAACAGCACCACGGGCUUGUUCCGCGUUCAGCAAAUUCACCCGCGGGCUAAACCAUGUCCUUGAGCCCAAAGCACUCAACUCCUUUCUCAGUGACAGAUAUUUUGAGCCCUAUCGAAGAGACGUACAGAAAGUUUGGAGGCAUGGACAACACAGGGAACCUCGCGUCUCCGCUUGGCGCAUACCGACAAACUCAGGUGUCUCAAUCGGGAAUGCAACAGCAUUCUUUGGGCCACAACACCGCAGUGGCGGCUACCUAUCACAUGCCACACAGUGUGUCUCAGUUUUCCAGUGCCAUGGGAGGAUACUGCAACGGGGGUAUCGGUAAUAUGGGAGACCUACCGUCGUACCAAGACACUGUGAGAAACGGUGCAGCAGCAACGGCUUGGUACAGCGCCAAUACCGAACCCCGAUACCCAACAAUUUCUAGAUUCAUGGGGGCUUCUACUGGGAUGAAUAUGGCCGGCAUGGGAGCGUUGGCAGGUAUGGACGCCACUAAGUCUAUGGUGACCUUACACUCUGCGCCCAGGAGAAAACGACGGGUGCUCUUCUCCCAGGCCCAAGUGUACGAGCUUGAGAGGCGGUUCAAGCAGCAGAAAUACCUCUCAGCGCCCGAGAGGGAACAUCUGGCGAGCAUGAUACACCUCACUCCGACCCAAGUCAAGAUCUGGUUCCAGAAUCACAGGUACAAAAUGAAACGACAGGCGAAGGACAAAGUUACACAGCAACUGCAACAAGAGAACGGUAACGCGUGCCCACAGCAACAGUCGCCAAGGCGGGUGGCCGUACCAGUUCUCGUUAAGGAUGGGAAGCCCUGUCAGAACGGAUCCAGUACACCAACACCUAUUCAUCAGCAAGUUCAACAGCAAAAUAGCUCAGGUGAGCCGAUGGGAGCAUCUGAAAGUGCGGUCAAUCUUCAUCAAAAUCAGCAGGUGAAUCCGUUAUCCUCGGCCGAAGAACUCGAGGAAAUGUCUUCAAGUCCGCCUAUUCUACACAGCCAGAUAAACAUGGCCCAGACAGACGCGGCCCUCAUCGAAUACACCAAUAACAUGAUUAAUUCAAACCUGCUUUACGGCAGAACUUGGUAGGACACAUUUCCUAUGUUUUAUAUAUUUGCUAUGGAGAACCCAACCACCUGGAUGCCAGUUACGAGCAAACACUCAAGGAUGGUGUUUUUUGUUCAUCUCGAAAGCGCUACUAUUAUUUUAAAUUUUUGGGCAGUUUGAAUCCCUUCGAGAAAAAAUUAUCAACCAUGCAUGUUAACUUCUUGUCGCUCGAAUAUCCUUAUGAAACUCGGAUGUUUGGGGGCUUAUGGGUGAUGAGACCUUUGGGCGUUUUAAGUCAAUCUCUUAGAAUGACCCAACGGUAUACAUCUUAUUGAACGAAAUUACACUGUAAACUAUUUAGAUUAACGAAUCAUAAUUGUAUAUAGCUAACAAAUUUAA